AUGUCGUUGUUUAAUCUUGCUCAAUUGGACCUCACAACAACCAAUACAAUCCAAGCAGUAUGCCGUGUCUUUGGAUACAUUCAUGCAAACCCUCGGCGGUCAGCCAGGCUCCUGCCCGAUGAGGUGGAUCUGAUUAAUUUCAUCGUCAUGAAUUAUUCCGAGCCAGGACAGACAAGUAUCAGCAACUCUGGCGUGUCUAUUUACACCAUUCGAAACUUUGCGUCGAACACGUCGAGCCAAUUCUCUUUCCCGAAGUCAUGGCGGACCCAUAGAGGACGAGCGCAUAACGCAGCGAAAUACAUUCUCAUAGACGCCAAGCGAAUCUUCAUGACAGAUGCUUUUGAGGAUUGGAAGAAACAAGUCUGCAAAACAUCAAUACUUGAUCUGCCCAACGAGUUGUUGCAGCGCAUUGCUGCUCUGUUACCGGCGAAGUUUCGCGCCAGACUCUGCCAACUGAAUCGCCGUCUUUACAAUGUGAUAGGGCUUGAGCUCUGGAGAGAACUAGACAUGGCUCUUAAGGCACUGGCAUGGAGCUUGGACCGCUGUCAGCUAGUAAUGUUCGAAAAGGCAGUCGAAGCACUCUCGAGGAUCCCCGAAAGAAUGGGUAAACAGUCCACGUGGAAAUUGUUUCCUGGGAGGGACAAAAUUGGUACCCAUAUGCAGAACAGGUACUACCUUUCAAAGCAAACAGGAGACGUCAAUAAUGAUCACUUUUUGCUGGAGUACGGGACUGACCCGUAUAUCCACAUAUCCGACAAAACCUCGCCACUCCAUGUGGCAAUCUCCCUGUGCAGUUCCAUGGGCAAGUCACAUAUUGUGACAGAAUUGAUCAAACAUGGUGCCAAUGCAAACGCAGUUGGCCCUCAUGGAGAAACGCCUCUUCACGUGGCUAUUCGGACAAGCCAGAAAACCCGUUGUCCUGAUUCCCAUUGUCCUGUUUCCCACUCUCCCCGCAAAGACACAUUCAAUGCCCUUCUUCAAGCUCCAGACAUUGACAUCGACCUGCGUGACGAUAAUGGCCGUACGCCAUUGAGUAUUGCUGCCGGCAUGACCGGAAGCCCUUCUGCUUGGUUUGUGAAAAGAUUGCUCGAAAAUCCCAAUGUUGAUAUCAAUUCCCAAGACGUCCUUGGGAAAUCGGUACUGUAUCAUUCGGUGGAGGGUCGAAACACAAAAGUUGCCAAGCUGUUGCUGUCGCAGAGCCACAUCGACCCGAAUGCUAAUACUGCGUACUUGCCUUUGUUUUCUGCCGUUUCGACUCGUAACGAAGCGAUAGUGCGGAGAUUGCUAAGUACAACGGCAACCGACCCAAACCGGAAAGACAACAAUGGGCGCCUGGCUUUGACAUUGCCAACUUCAAAAAUAAUAAUCAAACUGCUCGUCGAAGCUGGCGCUGAGCUAGACAUGCAAGAUAGCACUGGUCUAACUCCAAGAGAAACGAUAUUUCAGGCAGGCAUCGAUCUUGAGGAGGUAAUGCACCUACCCAAGAGAAGAAGACGAAAAUAG